UUGAAUAGGUGUCGGUUCGAAAUUGAUGCUAAUUCACGGGCGGGCGUUGAUGCAUAAAGUGUGGAUUGUUGAUAUUUUGAUCUUUAUAACUCUGCAGUGAAAAUAAGAAAUUUGCAUUGGACCUGUCCGUAUCUUUUCGAAAAAAUUAUUAUUAAUACUCCGUAUUUCGGUCCCUUUAAAACCUAAUUUCGCCGGUUUCCGUUAGCGGAAAAAAUGGCGGUUAACGUGAUUUUGCUUCUACUGUCCGUCGCUGCAGCUCUGUCUGGAAGUACACCUCUGGCUUCUCAACUUGACUCAGAGACUGUUUGCGGAGAUCAGAAUAACGACUUGAUCUGCGAACUGCAGCGGACAAAGCUCAAGAUCUCACGAUUAGAAUCCAUCCUGGAGGAAAGUAUCAAAAUUUUGAAUGCUAAAAUCUUUCAUCUUGAAGAACAGGAGAAGCUAAUUGAGGAAAUGUCCCAUAAGAUCAUUCUUCUCCAGAGCUCACUGCUAAAAAUUAAGGGAGACUCAUCAUAUGUUGAGGAAAGAGUUAAUGCACUAGAAGAAGAGGUACGGCUUCUUUGGGAUGCAUCAAGAAAGAACAAUUUUAAGAUCCACAUAUUGGAAUAUAAGGCACAAGAUGAAGAGGAAAGAUUAGAAGUGAUUACUUCACAAUAUGAAAAGAUGGCAGACAUUGUCACAGAGCAAUGGAUCCAGAUUCAGCAACUUGAGCAGGCACUUCAUAUAGCAGAGAGGACUUUAACAGCUCAAAGGAAAGUGGGCUCCUAUAGAUGGAGAGUAACAAAGUUCAUCAAAGACUUCUGUGGGCAUUAUCUCCAAAAGAUGAUUAGGUUGUUGCAUCAACAUUUAUUUGAUCAAGAUUCUGUUUUGGGUUCCUGCUUAUCUGAAGCUUGGCAUCAGCUAAAAAGAACAAUCAUUGCAGCUAAAAAAUAUCAUCAUGAGCUACAAGUUUUUGUGAAACAUGAAAUGGAAAGAAACGAAUUCACUGCAGCUAUUGCCAAUCAGGAAGUGGUAUUUUUUGUGGCUUCUGCUCUAAUUACCUUCCCAGUAAUAAGUACUUUGAUUUGGCUCUUACCAUGUUUUGGCUAAACAACAAAGAUCCCAUAUCUGGUCGAAAGAGAAACAGUGGCAUACCCAACAAAAGAAGCGAGUAUACAGCUUGAAUUCAUCCAUGUCAGAGCGCAGUUUCUUCCAUUUCAGAGAAACUAUAUCGGCUUAAUCAGAUUAAACUUUUGUCUUUUUUCAUCUGAAGUCAGAGUAAACCCUCGUUGGCCAUCUCAGGAAUCAUAACAGCAUUACUUUUUGCUUCGUGGGUCGAUAUCUGAAUUCAGUUACAACUUACAAUUUAACGAAACUAAUCAAGGGUGAUUAGGUUAUAUGGUGCACCUCCCUAGAGAAGAAGAAACCAUCUAAUUAGCAAAUACCUAAUUUUUGGACAAACAAAAAAAAGUUAUCACUAUCACGAUCAUGUUCCUUCCCUUGUCUAUAAAACGGAUACCCACUUUUGUAAGAGACUUUUGCAAGAGACUUUAAAUGCAAGCAGAAAAACACAUUAAGUGGACUUCUCUACAUUAUUAAAUAUUAAUAGCACAUAGAGAUGCAAAUGCAUUGCAGGUUUCUUCCA